AUGACUUUCGUGAAGAUGUCGAUCAGCAACCGUACUCCCGGCCCCGAGGGAUCUUUGGGAAAGAGGAGUAUGGGUUUAAAGAGACAAAGGACCUUUAUGAGCCUGCGGCUUUGUAGACAGCGACGUCGGUGCAGAGUGGGGUGGCCUCAAGUGUGCGGAGAUUUCGAUCUUGCGCCCUUCACGGACAUCGUGGCGUUCACUACCAUCUGA